AUGGAACAGGGUGUAAUGAAACAGCUCGACCUUCAUGGUCGCAUAGGGCGUACCUGUGACAAUUUAAAGAAGACAGGACAGGCGAACAUCACUCGAGCUCAUAUCGCGACCGCGCUCAAGCUACUCGAAGACAAGUGGACGAGAUUCGAGAGCGGACACGACGCGCUGCUUUCAAAUCACGCCGCCGCACUGGCGGACCACGAGUACUUGACGAGCGACGUCUCUUCAGAGGUCGAAAACACGUACGUGCAUCAACGAGCCUUGCUGCUCGCUUGGGAAGCAAGCCUACCUGCCCUCGGGGAGACUAAGAAACUGCCGAGUGACUCUGCAGCAAACAAGACGACUUUACCACGCAUCCAAUUGCCAACCUUCAGUGGCAAGUACGAGGAAUGGCCAUCCUUUCGAGACCUCUUCACAUCAAUCAUUAGCCGAGACGCCUCCCUCAGUGAGGUGGAGAAGCUACACUACUUGAAGGGGUGCCUGAAAGGAGAAGCAGAGUUACAUGUCAGAGCUCUACCAACGAUCGACAAAAACUUUUCUCGAGCUUGGUCAGCCCUUCAAGGUUUCUACGAAAACAAGCGGAUCAUGGUACGUUCCGUUUUCGCGACCUUCACAUCGUUCUCCAAAAUGAAGGGUGAGUCAGCGACCGAGCUACGGAAGCUAUACCAUUGCGUGGUAAACACGGUCGGUACGUUGGAGGGCAUCGGGCGCCCGAUAAACAAGUCCGAGGAUCUUUUCGUGUUCCUCGCCUCCGAACUGCUCGAUCCAAAGUCGCGUCGCGAAUGGGAGGGGUCGUUGAACGACAACACCGAUCCACCUAGCUUUGACGAGUGGCACCCGUUUGGCCACGUUAAUAUUGACCACAGUCCCGAUUGA